AUGGGGGAAGAAAAACUGGCCCCGGUGCCUAUCCCCAACAAGCUGGCCAUCUUCAACGGUCUGGAGGCAGCCAGAUCACACCUGCCGGUGAUGGAGAAGGCGAUCGCCCUGAUUGCCCCCAUGCUCGAGCUGUAUGAACCCAAAACCAAUAAGGAGGACAAGGGCCUUCUGACUCUGGUGGACCUGCUGCUGGCGAAAAACCUGGUUACCGAAGACGACAUCCGUCAGGCUUUCGAUAACGACAGUCAAAGUCAAGCGCUUCUGAGAGUCCUGAGCAAGGAACGUGUCGGCCCGUUGCUUCCUAAGAUUGGCAAGAUCGGGGUGUGUGCCAUGGAUGCCAAGGUAUUACUGAAGCCCUGUCGGCGUAUUCUCAACCGUCUCAUCGAGAAUGGCGAAUUUGAAACCAUUGUGUUCGGGGACAAGGUCAUCUUGGAUGAAGCGAUUGAAAACUGGCCCACUUGCGAUUUUUUGAUUUCGUUCUUCCUGACUGGUUUUCCAUUGGAUAAGGCGAUUGCCUACGCCAACUACCGGAAGCCCUACUUACUCAAUGAUCUCGUCCUCCAAAAAGCUUUAUGGGAUCGUCGACUUGUACUUCUGAUAUUGAAUCACGCCAAUGUCCCUCUGCCUGAUCGCCUCGAAAUUUCACGCGACGGCGGACCGCAAAUCAACGAAGAGCUAAAGCAGAGACUUCGUGAUGUUGUGGGAAUGCUGGAACAAGCGAUUCAUGACCUCACCAAUCAACAUGAACCGGAAUGGGAGAUGAUCGAUGACGACACGCUUAAAGUAGGUGACAAGAUUUUGAAGAAACCAUUCGUGGAAAAACCCGUCGAUGGUGAAAACCAUAACAUCUACAUCUACUACCCCAAGGCCAAUGGUGGUGGUGGGCGUCGUCUCUUCCGCAAGAUUGGUAAUAAGCUGAGUGAAUUUGAUCCUAACCUCAACCAUCCUCGAACCGAAGGUCUGUACAUCUACGAACAAUUUAUGGAUACUGACAAUUUCGAAGAUGUGAAGGCCUACACCGUCGGUCAAGGUUACUGCCACGCCGAAACGCGGAAGCUGCCAGUGGUUGAUGGUAUCGUCAGACGUAACACCCAUGGUAAGGAAAUUCGAUAUAUCACUGAACUCACCGAGGAAGAAACCGAAAUGGCACGGAAUGUGCUGCGUAUUUUCCAACAAACGAUUUGUGGGUUUGAUCUUUUGCGAGUAAAUGGUGCUCUGUACGUCAUUGAUGUCAAUGGUUUCUCCUUUGUCAAAGACAACAACGACUACUAUGACACCUGUGCUCUGAUUUUGCGUCAAAAGUUCAUGGAGGCCAAAAAGCUGCGUGACUUGAUCAAGAAUAAGCUUCCAGCACUGAAGCGACUGGACCUGCGGUUCGAAGAAAAGGAACAGAAGUGGGUGCUCAAGGGGAUGGUUCUGGUUAUUCGCCAUGCCGAUCGUACCCCGAAGCAAAAGUUCAAGUAUUCCUUCAGGCUGCCUCUUUUUAUCUCGUUGCUCAAGGGUCACCGCGAGGAAGUCAUUAUCCGUAAUGUCAGUGACCUCGAAGUCGUACUUCGUACUGCUAAGAUUGCUUUGGAAAAGAAGUUUGAAGAUCCUAAAAAGUUGACCCAGCUUUGUGGAGCUCUUGAAAAGAAGAUGCACUUCCCUGGUACUAAAGUCCAGCUUAAACCCACGGUGAAUUCUGAAACUGAAGAAGUGGAAAAGGUGCAACUUAUUCUCAAAUGGGGUGGUGAGCCGACGCAUUCAGCUAAGUACCAAGCCCACGACGUUGGUGAGCAGAUGAGACAAAACAUCAAGUUGCUCAACCGGCUGGCGCUCGAUAAUGUCAAGGUUUACACUUCGCUGGAACGUCGGGUCACUGCCCUGGCCAACUUGGCGACGAUGUCUCUUCUCGGACUCGAUGCUGAACAUGACACUCUCCCUGAUGACUAUCUUAUUGUUCGUAAGGAUUUGCUUGACGACUCAAAUGCUGCUAAAGAUUUAAUGGAUAAAGUUAAGAAGAAGCUCAAGCCCUUAUUGCGUCAAGGUGCUGAAGCUCCGCCUCAAUUCACAUGGCCACCCAAAAUGCCCCAACCCUUCGAUGUCAUCAAGCGCGUAUGCCAAUUGAUGAACUUACACAAACAAAUUCUCGAAUACAAUUUCGAAACGAAGGAUGUGAAUACUUUCCAAGACAGGUGGUGUUGCGGGGAGGAUCCCAUGCUUUUCCGCGAACGUUGGGACAAGUUGUUCCAAGAGUUCGUGCUGGUUGAAAAGACUCACCCACUGAAGAUUUCUGAGUUGUAUGACACCAUGAAGUAUGAUGCUCUUCACAACCGUAAGUUUUUGCAAAAAGUGUUUGCGUGGGACAAGAAUGAUCCUGAAUUGCAAAAGCGUUUACAAGCGACUUGUCCCGACAUCGCUAACCACUCUUUGGUUAAACAAUAUCCCAUCAACGAGUUGGCAGCGAACAACUUCAAGAUCCCCGAUGCAUUCUCUCCAGUGAACUCGACUCCCCCCGGUCUGGCCACAAGUUCCCAAUCGCACUUGCCUCUGCUGAAUGUGCAUGCGGGUUCUCUUGGUUGGGUACUUCAAGAGAGUCUGAACUCAACCAAACUGGAAACUCCAUUUGACCAGCAGCAGUUCUCAAGAUUACGCGAAUUAUACAAGUUAUCUAAGGUGUUGUUCGACUUUAUCUGCCCUCAAGAAUACGGGAUCAAGGAAGAAGAGAAGUUAGACAUUGGUUUGCUCACUUCGUUGCCUUUAGCGAAGCAAGUAUUGCUGGAUAUCUCUGAAUUCAAGCGGAAGGAUACCAAACCGGGUGUGGUGCUUUACUUCACCAAAGAAUCGCACAUUUACACAUUAUUGAAUGUACUCUUCGAGCUGAAGGUGCCGAUGAAGAUUGCCAGAAAUGCUUUACCCGAGUUGGAUUAUUUGUCGCAAAUCGUCUUUGAAUUGUAUGAGGCUGAAGACCCCAACUCUCCAUCGGGUAAAAAGCAUCUGAUUCGGUUGCUGAUUCUGCCAGGUUGUCACACGCAAGAUCCACUCGAUGUGCAAUUAGAUGAUGACCAUUACAUUGGAUGUAUCCCUAAAUUGUCGCUUACUCGCCAUUUGGACAUGGACUUGGUCACCCAACGGUUGAAGCUGCGGUUCUCGCGUGUUCUGUUGCCGAAGAAGUUUACUCCGGUUAACAUUCUGGGAGUUGAAGCGAAGGAGAAGAGUAAAGAAAAGUUGGAAGAGCCCACCAACCUACCAAAGAAAGCUCUUGAUAAACCCAAAGAAAGCACGGAGAAUAAAGAUGACAUUCCCGUGGUAACCCCUGACAGUGUACAGGAUGCCGACUCGCCAGUUGUCACUCCAGACAGCGUCUAA